CCAAAAAGACGGUUCCAAAGCCCUGUACCUCUUCUUUGAGCUUGGUAUCUUCUUGUCAGAGUUCAUCACCAGGUGAGAGGAAAUUCAUUAACAUUAAUAUUAAUGGACAUUUUUUUAGAUUGCAAAUAGAUACCGCAUCAGACGUCACCAUCCUCUCUCACAAAAAUUGGAUCAAAAUGGGUCGCCCAAGCCUGCAGCGAACAACUAAAAAGCCUCGUACCGCAUGUGGUAAUUUCCUACACUUAGAAGGACAAUUGGAAUGUAGAGUGACCUUCCGGGAGUCGUCAUUUACCGGGGUAUGUCAUAUAACUCCAGCUGAUCUAAAUUUACUUGGUUUAGAUUGGUUCGAUCAACUGAAAUUGGCUGAUGUCCCACUAAAUACCAUAUGCCACAUGAUAUCACAACCUCAUGGCACUGAAUCGUAUACCAGGAAGCUAAUGGCGCAGUUUUCAUCGAUUUUCCAGCCUGGUUUGGGACAGUGUUCUACCUUAAAAGCAACGCUUCGUUUGAAACCUGGAGCUAAGCCUGUCUUUCGUCCCAAAAGACCCGUGCCUUAUGCGACGUUACCAACAGUAGAUGAAGAAUUAAACCGCCUCCAACAACAAGGAGUAAUUACUCCCGUUUCUUACUCCGCCUGGGCAGCACCGAUAGUGGUCAUCAAGAAAGCAAACGGCACCUUACGAAUAUGUGCUGAUUUUUCUACAGGUCUAAAUGCAGCCCUUGAACAACACCACUAUCCCUUACCAGUUCCGGCAGAUUUGUUUACGAUGCUGAAUGGGGGAAAAUUCUUCGCAAAACUGGAUCUUGCUGAUGCUUAUUUGCAAGUUGAAGUAGACGAAGCAUCUAGGGAGCUGCUUACUAUCAACACUCACCGUGGGUUAUUUCAGUACAACCGUUUACCAUUCGGUGUCAAGACUGCACCAUCUAUUUUCCAACAAUUAAUGGAUACUAUCUUAUCGGGCAUCCCGGGAGUCGCGGCUUACCUUGACGACAUUCUAAUUGUUGCCGCAACGUUAGAACAGCUACAUGAGCGAACGACAUCGGUACUGAAACGCAUUAGUGAAAACGGGUUCCGGUUACGACCUGAGAAAUGCCAGUUUUUAUUACGGUCCGUAAAGUAUUUGGGGUUUAUUUUUGAUGCUGACGGCCGCAGACCGGAUCCUGAAAAUGUCCAAGCGAUACGACAGAUGCCCACACCCACGAAUAUCUCCGCACUGCGUUCCUUCAUGGGACUGGUCUCUUACUAUGCCGCGUUCGUCCCUUCAAUGCAUGACAUUCGUGCCCCACUGAAUGGCCUACUGAGCAAGAACAGUACGUGGAACUGGACUAAAGAGUGUGACGCAGCAUUCUGUAAACUGAAGUCCAUCAUCAGCUCGAAAUUGUAUUAACGCACUACGAUCCAUGCAUGCCAAUCAUUGUAGCUGCAGAUGCCUCAGCGUAUGGCGUAGGAGCCGUCAUUUCUCAUCAGUUUCCAGACGCAACAGAGAAGGCUGUCAUGCACGCAUCCAGAACACUGACCCCGGCAGAAAGGAAGUAUAGUCAGAUAGAGAAGGAGGCUCUCGCCCUGGUGUUUGCGGUGCGGCGGUUCCACAAAUUUUUGUACGGUCGGAGGUUCACACUCCUUACGGAUCACAAGCCCCUUCUCGCAAUUUUUGGUUCGAAAUCUGGCGUCCCGGCCCACUCUGCAAACCGUCUCCAACGAUGGGCUUUGAUCCUCUUGGGGUAUGAUUUUGACAUUCAGUAUCGACGCACCAAACAAUUUGGUCAAGCAGACGCAUUGUCACGACUCAUCAACGAACACUCUACGACCGAUGAAGAUGCCGUUAUCGCUUCUCUUUCGACAGAAGACCACGCGCAAUGCUACCUGACAACCGCUGUUCGUGCUUUGCCAGUCUUAGAAUCUGAGAUACAAAUUGCUUCCAGAAACGACCCCGUCAUUAAGAAAACGAUGAACUACGUCACCAAUGGCUGGCCAUCAACUGAACUUGACGGUGACAUGAAGCAGCUUUACCAUCGUCGUGACUCAUUAUGUGUCGUAAAUGAAUGCUUGAUGUUUGGAGAUAGAGUGGUCGUGCCAGAAUCCCUACGACCGAGGGUGCUGAAGCAAUUCCACAUUGGUCAUCCAGGCAUAAAGCGUAUGAAAUCCAUCGCCAGAAGCUAUGCUUACUGGCCCCUCAUGGACCAGCAUAUCGUGGACCUAGUAAACAAAUGUGCUCAGUGUCAACAAGCUGCAAAGUCCAAUGCGAAGGUACCGCCGGUCCCAUGGCCACAGCCUGAGCAUCCCUGGUCUAGGAUACAUAUCGACUUUGCCGGUCCAGUCAACGGAACCACAUAUCUUGUCGUGGUCGACGCCUUCUCAAAAUGGCCGGAGAUUGUUCCCGUCACUCCACCAACGACCACCCAGACUCUGAAACAUUUGACUGAGUUGUUCGCACGAAACGGAUUACCGGAAGUGAUUGUAUCCGACAACGGUUCGCAGUUCGCCUCGGCGCAGUUCCAAGAGUUCUGCAAACGCCUAACCAUCAGGCAUCUUCGCGCCCCACCUUACCACCCACAAUCGAAUGGGCAAGCGGAAAGGUUCGUGGAUACGUUCAAGAGGGCUCUGAUUAAGUCAAAAGGGGAGGGGACGCCAGUGGAAACACUGCAGAAUUUUUUAUUUGCCUACAGAACGACCCCCAACGACACGCUGCCGGAGCAGAAGUCCCCCGCAGAGAUCCUCAUGGGAAGACGGCUGAGGACCAUUCACAACUUGAUGCUGCCGAAAUCCACACCACCACUAAUACAAACCACGUCCCGGAAGCUACCCACGUACAACGUUGGAUGCCCAGUAUUCGCUCGGGACUACAGAGCAAAUCGUGACCCUUGGAUCGAAGCACGUGUGGUUAGACGGAUGGGAGAAGUCAUGUAUGAGGUGGAGGUAGGAACGGACAGAUGGACCAGACAUCGAAAUCAACUACGCAAGCGGUUAACACCAGAGCGCCCAUCGACCGAAGUAAAGAUUCCGCUGGACGUACUAUUGGAUACAUUUAAUCUGCCGGCAGUCCCAACGCAUGAAGAAGACCAAAAGGUCGAUCUACGGUCCCGAAGAUGGUCACUGCGCCAACGGCGACAGACAGUUAGAAUGCAGGUGGACCCAAAGAAUGUCCGUUACUAAAAAGGGGAGGUGUUGGGGAUGUCAAAUCCCCAGAACUUACUUGGUAAAUGACCUAAUCUUGUAGUUUUAUUUUGAAAAUUUGAAUUUAGCUGUUUUCGCGCCAAAAGCGCUCUUUUACCUUCACGUCAUAUUUCCCACCUGUAAACUAUCUUAACCGCUAUUGGUCCUUUGUUUCUUUAUGUGUGCUAUUUACUAAUGGUGCUCAAGGACAAUUUGUUACUGUAUAAAUGCGCUUGACUUUUUCCCUUAUUUGAUUGCUUGUACUCGGCUGCUUGCGGAAUACAUAUAUAUUCCCCU